UCUCGAGUGUGUCGAUCAUUGUUAUAUUGCUGUAUGUCUUCUGAUUGUAAUUGAUAUACCCCAUACGUCAUGCCGGGCCUUCGUUUAGCAACAAAACGCCUCAUGAAGGAACUCGGCGAUAUUGAGAGCAAGGGUACGCCUCCAGGUAUAUCUCUUUUGAGCGCGGAUAGCAUGGAAGAAUGGAUCUUCACUAUCGCGGUACUUGGAGAUGAGACGAUCUACAAAGGCGAGCAAUUCGCUCUUAGGAUCAAAUUUGAAGAUCGGUAUCCUAUUGAGGUGCCACAAGUAACUUUUGUGGUAGAUGAUAUGUGGCAAGCACCUAUUCAUCCCCAUAUAUAUUCCAACGGACACAUCUGUGCUUCCAUAUUGGGUAAUGAUUGGUCUCCAGUCCUUAACGCCGUUUCAAUCUGCAUCACCAUGCAAUCUAUGCUUGCAUCGAAUAAGUCUAAAGUCAGACCCGAAGGGGAUCAACGAUAUGUGAGGAAUGCUCCCGCGAACCCAAAGCUUACAUCAUGGAAAUAUGAUGAUGAUACUGUAUAAUCCUCAACCUUGCCUACUGAUUGUCAUCUAAUGGACAUGUACUUCCAAUCUGUUCGAUAUGAAAUAGAUGUAGAUAUACUCCUGUAACCUCUUACGGACUGUAUGAAUAAUUACUCUUUUGG